GAGGCCGCGGAAGCGCGGGGGGCCGGCGGCAUGCUGAGGGCGGCGCUGGGGCGCGCUGCGGGGCUGGUGGGGCGCCCGCGGCUCCAGGGGCCCGGCCCGAGGCGGCUGUGGGGCCGCGGGGCCCGCCCGGCGGUUGAGGGGAGUCGGGCCCGGGGCUGGGCCUGGGGCUGGCGGCGCUCGAGCUCCGAGCCGGGGCCCCAGGCGGCGGGGCGCGUGCAGGCGGCGCACUACCAGCUCGUCUACACCUGCAAGGUGUGCGGCACUCGCUCCUCCAAGCGCAUCUCCAAGCUGGCCUACCACCAGGGCGUGGUCAUCGUAACCUGCCCCGGCUGCCGGAGCCACCACAUCAUCGCCGACAACCUGGGCUGGUUCUCGGACCUGGGUGGCCAGAGGAACAUCGAGGAGAUCCUGGCCGCCCGAGGGGAGCAGGUGCGCCGGUCAGCUGGCGAGGGGACCCUGGAGCUGACCCUGGAGGCUGCGGGGGCCCCUGCUUCCCCGGCCGCUCCAGAGCGUGGGGAGGACGAGGACGCCCCCCCACCCGGCAGGACAGAGCUGAGCUGACCCCGCCCCCCCCCCCCCCCCCCCCGCUG